UCAAAAAAAAGAAAAAGAAAAUUCAAAAAUUCCCAACAAUCUCUUACUAUGGCCUUUCACGUAGCUUGCCCAAUUACAUGUCGGCGAAUUUGCUUUUGUUCGCUAGGGUUUCCUCGGAAUCUCCAUUCUCCCGAUUCCAAGCAUGACUUCUUGCAGGAACUGAUUCGAGUGGAGGCGUUUUUGAAAGAUCCAUUGGGCGUUACGGUUUCUCGAGAAAGGACUGUGCAGGUUCGCGUACCUAAAGUAACGCCGGUUCCGGCUGGGGAUGGAGGAGAUGGCGUUGAUGCCGUGGAGGAUUCGGCCUCGGUUUUGGCGGCUCAGUCAAAGCGGCUCCUGCUUCAGAGAAAAGCUGCUGCUGAGGUUUAUGCUAGGAAGGUUGAGCCGGGUGAUAUUGCGGUUGCAUCAAUAGAUUCUGCUCUACACGAGCAAGGCCAGCCAAACAAAAAUGUAACUUGUCACAUGUGCUUUUCGGGUGAAAAUGAAGGAAGUGAGACGGCAAGAAGGAUGCUCGCAUGUCGAAAUUGUGGCAAGAAGUACCAUAGAAGCUGCUUGAAAUCUUGGGUUCAACAUAGAGAUUUGAUUCAUUGGAGUUCCUGGACUUGCCCCUAUUGUCGAACCUGUGAGGUGUGCCGAAGUACUGGAGAUCCAACUAAGCUCAUGUUUUGCAAAAGGUGUGAUGAUGCAUACCAUUGCUAUUGUCAACAUCCAUCACACAAGAAUGUUACCUCUGGGCCAUAUUUGUGCCCAAAGCAUACAAAGUGUCACAGCUGUGGAUCCAAUGUCCCCGGAAAUGGUUCAAGCGUGCGGUGGUUCUUGGAAUACACUUGUUGUGAUGCUUGUGGAAGGUUGUUUGUGAAGGGAAAUUAUUGCCCUGUAUGUUUGAAGGUUUAUAGAGACUCAGAAUCGACGCCCAUGGUCUGCUGUGAUGUUUGCCAGCGCUGGGUGCACUGCGAGUGUGAUGGCAUCAGUGAUGAAAAAUAUCUGCAGUUUCAAGUAGAUGCAAAUCUCCAGUAUAAAUGUGCAGCAUGUCGUCGGGAGUGCUACCAGGUUACAGAUCUUGAGGAUGCUGUUCAAGAGCUUUGGAAGAGGAGAGACAGAACUGAUCAAGACCUUAUUGCUAGCUUGAGGGCUGCUGCAGGGCUGCCAACUCAAGAAGAAAUAUUCUCUAUCUCUCCAUAUUCUGAUGAUGAGGAAAAUGGUCCUGUGAUGUUUAAAAAAGAAUUUGUGCGUUCCCCGAAGUUCUCUCUCAAAGGGAUAGCUGACAAGCCUCUGAAGAAGAACAGGGAUUAUGGAAAGGAGUCUUCAAGCAAAAAAUAUCUUAAGAAAAAGACAUACCAGGCAUCUUUAAUUAGCAAAGGAGAGUCACAGCUGAGUUUUGAAGGGAAUCAGGAUAUUCAAUCUCAAGGAUAUAGUGUGAGUGAGUACAGGAUCGAUGAAGUUGCAAUCCAGAGAGAUGAAGGACAAAAUAUUUCUUCUCCUGGUACUGAAACGUGUUCUACUAAACAGCCAGGGAUUUUGAAAAACAAGCUGGUAGAUGAGGUGAUGGUUAGUGAUGAAGAUAGAAAAUCUCGUGGACUUAAAAUUAAAAGUAACAAGCCACUUGAUUUAGAUAGUGGAGAUGAUAAACAUGAUAGCAAGUCAAAUACUUUGAAAGCAAAGAAGUUAGUCAUAAAUCUAGGUUCACGAAAAAUAAAUGUUACCAACUCCCCAAAGCCUGAUGCUUCAAACUCUCAAAGAGAACGGGAUGUGAUUUCUUACAAUGGUGUUCAAGAUGCAAAUCAACUGAGUUACAAGUUUAUGCUGGAUACGCAUGACAAUACUGCUAAAUCUGGUGAUGGAUACAAGGUUUAUCAGUCCAAGUCAAGAAGGGUGAAAAUUGCGGGAAAAGAAGGGAAUGUGAUAAAGUUUGGAAAAAUUAAGCCAGAAUCUCCUGAAUUGGGGCCCAAAGUCGGUGCAGCAAGCAGUUCUGAUGGAUAUGAAAUUGGCCCUCUUGAACAGCCACGAGUUGCAUCUGGAAAAGGAAGCAUUGAUGUAACUAGGCUUGAUGCUGCACCGUCAGGUGAGGCGUCCAUCCGAAGAGGGGGCAGGGUGAUGUUGAGAAAGUGGUUGGAAGACAGGGCUGAUACGAAUGGUGAAAGUAAUGAAGAUUUUGGUCACACACCUGUCUUGAAAUCUUUUCCAAAAGAUUCCAAACUGUCUCUCAAGUUUAAAUUGAAGAAACCUGAUCUUGAGAAUCAGAAUUCUAAGGUUCAUCUGGUGGAAGAAAAAAGUUCUAUAAAGGGCCAAAGGUCAAAAAGGCAGAGACCAUCAACCUUUGUGGAAAAAUCGUUGUUUAAUGUAGAUGAAGAUCUUGAUGUCACACACACGCAUCAAAACAGCAUAAUGGAUGGCAUGAUGGAUGCUAAUUGGAUAUUAAAGAAGUUGGGUAAAGAUGCAAUUGGAAAGAAAGUUGAAAUUCAUCACGCCUCUGACAAUUCAUGGCAUAAGGGAGCUGUUCAUGACAUCAUUGAAGACACAUCCACAGUAUCUGUGAUGCUAGAUGAUGGUAGAGUAAAAAGCUUGGAACUUGGGAAGCAAGGCAUUCGUUUUGUUCUUCAAAAACAAAAGAGAAGCAAAUGUUGAAACUGAACGGCUAAUGUAAUUCUUUUUGCUGAUGAAAGCAAAUAACUUAAGCAACCCAUUCAACCGCAGUUGGAGGUGGUAGGUCCAAUAGCAACCAGAAUCCAACAUGAGCAUCUGGAUCCAAGCCUCUUGGAUGGCGAAGUAAUGUAAGCCUUUGCAUGCCUUCUUUACAGCUUCCCGAGCCUCAUCUUCACUUGUAGUUAUAGGAGAUUUCUUGAAGGUUGCAUGAACAUAGCGGGUAGAAUUUCCAAAAGAUAGGAUCAGGCAAGCACCUGUGGUGUUGACUUCUACCGAACAGACUUCCAAUCCAGAUUUCAUCAAAGCUGCAAGUAAGACAUUUUGAUCAAGUCUUAAUAAAGUUUGAAUAAGUACCCGUAACUGAAUUCUGAAUGCAAUAUUUGAGAAACCAAUGCUGCUAGAGGAGCUGGACAGACCAAACGAGAGUUCAACAAUGAUGGAAGGGAUUUGAUACUCGCAGCAGCAGUGGCAGCCACUGCAGUUGCUCAGUUGCUGGGAUGCAGUGGGGAAGGCGCUAAAACCUGGCACAGCAGAGGCCGAGUAGUAUGCUUCUGUUUGUCACCAUGUCAACUACCAAGAUCUUUUUAACAAGUGGGGCUCUGCUGAUAGUUUGGUGGUGACCUAUUCACUAUGGCUGAAUGGCACAACUUAUUAGUGCUUGUAAUUUCAUAAUCUUGGAAAAACUUAAAUUUCUUUGUUACUAGUUCUGAUGAUCACAGUCUGCCGAGAAGGGGAUUUUGAAGGCAUAAAAGAAAGAGUAUAUAUAUGUAUAUGAACUAAAUUACGCAUGUAUAACAUUAAAUAAGUAUCCAUAUAUAUAGAUCGUAAAGUAUGAAUUUACGUAAGUAAGAA